AUGGCUCCUACACCACGAACAUCCGAACGUCAGCAACAGAAGACACAUAAUACCGUUAACGUUACACAUGCAGAACAGGCGACUGCGGAGGAGCACAUAAUAACUCCGGUUACAGAUGAUCAUAAAGCGUCUACUUCAACCUCUGCUUUGCACUAUUCUGCGUGCCGUGGCGAUGACCAACCCGUCAGCUCUGAAAAGGCUGCAAAAACACCCAGUAAGAGGAAACUACCUAAACGCUUGCAAGGCAACAAAAAAGCGGCUUCAUCACAAGCGCUUUUGGGGUCUCGACAGUGCCCGCGUCGAAAAGAUACACGCAAUGCAGCCGACGCCGCUGUAACUUCUGUUGCAAGGGCGUCGGAAAGUUCCGCGCAAAAGCGCACUAGGCCGCAACGCGAUGCAAUUUCAACUUCCGCUGCUAGAGCUGUAGAAGGACCUACUGAAAGGCUUGAAAGGUUGCAGACUGUUAACCAGCGCCGCCAUGCACAACGAGGGCACUGUGGCCCAUCAAAGCAGUUUUGGUUUAAGCUGGUGUUCAACUAUGAGCCAAUUUUGAGACUUUCCUGUCGCAAAGACCUCCAAAUAGGAUCCAGUUCAGACUCCAGACAUUUCCUCGCAAAAAUCAGACUGUACAAUUGUGCCUUCCAGAUGACCACUUGUAUUGUAAUUGAUGCUGACAAACGGCCUCAGGGGGAGCACGAACGUCGUUACAAUGCUCCCGCAAGUAACGAAGUUUCCUUCAUUGUCAGCGGUGAUCAGCACAACAGACGUGACAAUGUUAUCGAAUCGCGCGGCAGUGGGCUCUGA